AUGUCCAUCCUCUUCUCACUUUUCAUCGUUGCCAACCUUGCCUGCUUCCCGUCCGUCGCCGGCCAAACAGGCGCCACAACUGCCGGUCCAUCAGCCUCCCUCACCACCGCACUUCCUGGCGGCAGCAACACACUGACCACCAGCAAUGCGCUGAGUUCCACGAACACACUGGCUACCACCAACACAGGCACCUCCACCGCCAACCUCGGUACCGCCAAUAAUGCACUUGGUACCGCCACCAAUGCACUUGGCACCACCACCACCCAGAGUACCGGAUCAUCUGGCAACGGCUCACCUGGCGGCACCAAGCAGCCGGACACCGGGUCCUACUACUCCUGCUCUCAAGCAUUCGCGCCGCUGGAUGAGGAUCAGACGCUGCUUUUCGACCGGCCAGUUCCCGAGGCUGCGGCCUACUGCAAAAGCCAAGACAGCGAAGACCAUCUCGCGUGUGCCCUACGCUCCUGCAUCGGAUUCACCACUUGCAGUACAUGCUCUAUUGUCACCAGCUCCGCUGAUGACCCCCAGGUCACCACAGACGCCAAGGUGAUACCUACCGGCCAGGACUGCGAAAUAGCGUAUCACAGGAGUCCAAAAGCAGGAGAGCCAUCGCUCUGUCUGACUGCUGCACUCAACGUCUUGCAAUGCAAAGGCAACUGUGACAAAGCUACUUCUUGCGGAACCUGCUUCAAAGUCACCGAGACAUCGGACCAAACCAAGAGCGCUGCGUCCUAG